ACGUCCCCGCUGACUGACCAAUGAGGAGCCGCGCUGCCGGCGGGGGGGCGGAGCUUCUGGUCUCGUUCAGAGAAAGUGCCACGACUCUGCAGCCUGACAGACUCAGCUGAGACUUCCUGUCCGACACUCUGGUCACCAUGGACGUCUCCGACCCGCAGACACUCGGCUUCAUGGUCUUUGGAGGAUUCAUGUUCAUCUCGGCGGUGGGCAUCGCCCUCGUCUCCACGCUCUCCAUGAAGGAGACGUCGUAUGAGGAGGCGCUGGCCAAACAGCGCCGCAAGCUGGUCCAAACGCAGCCUCAGAGAGCAGAGAAGAAGAAGAAGGACAAGACCCUGGAGAAGAAGAACAAAGCCAAGAAGAAGGAGGAGCGGCCCGACGAGAAGCUCUCAGACCCAGGCAGCGAUGGCGGCGAGGAGCCUGAGGUGGUGGCUUGUACCGAGCCAGAAUCUGACCCAGAACCUGCAGCUGAGCCGGCAGCUGCUGCCCCUGAACCCAAACCAACACCUGAACCAGAACCAGAACCCAUCUUGGUCACCGCCACCGCCACCACCAUCGAUUCUCCUCCGGCGCCAUCACCAAAGGAGAAGAAGAAGAAGAAGUCAGCCAAGGUGGAGCUGGCUGCUGUGGUGGAAACCGUCGCUAAGGAAGUUCUGGUCAUGGCCGCGGCGCUGGUGGUGGACGUGUCUCCGGUGAACGUCGUCACUGAAGUCACUAAAGAACCAACUGUUGCUAAAAUUGAAGAACCCAAAGAGACGGCGAGCAAGAAGAAGAAGUCCAAGAACAAACCUGAACCAGUGACCGACUCCUCCGUGCCACUGCCGUACGGCGAGCUGCUGUCUGCCGUGUCCAACGGGACGCUCAGUGACGACGAGAUGCACAAACUCACGGAGGUCCUGAACCAGAGAGCUGGUGUCCGCCAAGACUCUUGGCAGCUGGCCUGUCAGAAAGGAGACCCACUGUCCGUUCUGAAGAAACAGCUGGAGGAGAAAGAGAAGCUGCUGACCACCGAGCAGGAGGGCGCCGCCAUCGCCAAGAGCCGCCUCCGAGAGCUCAGCAAGGAACUUGGUGCAGAGAAAUCCAAGGUGGCGUCUUUGGAUGCCCGUCUGAAGGCGGAGCUGAGUGCUCAGGUUCAGAAGGUCGAUGCCAUGCAGGCCAGAAUGGAGACUGCUAACCAGGAACACCUGAACCAAACCCAGAAGCUCAACCAGAAGAUCGGGGGUCUGCAGGAGCAGCUGGAGAACGGUCCCAACGCUCAGCUGGCCCGACUGCAGCAGGAGAACUCCAUCCUCCGAGACGCCCUGAACCAGGCGACCAGCCAGGCCGAGAGCAGGCAGAACGCGGAGCUGGCCCGUGUCAGGCAGGACUGCGUCCGUCUGGGUAAGGAGUUGACCGAGCGUACCGACGCUCUGCGGGCCGACGAGGAGCGCAGGAAGAGCCUGGAGUCCAAGAUGGCUGCUGCCGAACAAGAACUGGCCCAAGCCCAGCUGGUCCGCGAGGACGCUGAGCGUGCUCAGCAGCGGCGACUGGAGGAAGUGCGUUUAGAGCUGAACGCGGCGCAGCAGGAAGCCGCUGCCGUUAGCGAGCUGCAGGGGGCGCUGGCGUCCAGAGAGACCGAACUACAGGAGCUCAAGGUCCAGCUGGAGAGCCGCGAUGCAGUCCAGGUGGACCGGUCGUCUGAAGUGGAUCAGCUGAAGAACUGCGUGCAGCUCAGAGACGAGCAGGUCGUCGCUCUGGAGGCGGAGCUCACUCAGCUGAGGGCGGAGCUACAACUGACGUCUUCACAGUCAGAGAGAGUGAAGGAAGAUGAAGCAGCAGCUGAUCAGAUGCAGAAAGACGGAUCAGGAAGUGAGACGGAGUCUGAGCAGCCGUUUGAAAGUCUGGAGAGAGACUCUCAGCUGCUGCAUCUGGAGGAAGAACUACAGCAGCUCAGAGAGGAGCUGCAACAGGCCCGUAACCACGGCAACGAGCUGCAGGACCAAAUGGCGACGCCUUCGACUGCAGAGCGUGAGAGCGAGCAGCGAGAGGCGGAGCUUAAAGCAGCGCUGACUGAAGCAGAGUCCAGGUUUGACACCCUGCGUUUGGACUUCCAGGCAUCGUUGCAGGUUCUGUUUCCUGGCGUCUCUGUGGAGGCGGAGCAGAGCGACUGGAUGCAAAGUUUUACUCUGAAAGUUCAGGAGAGUAGAAGUGAAGCGGAGAGGUCUCACUCUGAGCUUCAGUCGAGGCUCAACGAGGCCGAGAGGAAACAGACUGAACUGCAGACGGAGUUCCAUCAGAACACGAAGCUGCUGCAGGAAACGGAGGCGGAGCUUCAGGCUCUGCAGCGACGCUCUGAAGAAGAAGAAAACAUCUGGAAGAACAAACUGUCUGAAGCCGAACAGCAGAAACAAACGGUCCUGGAUCAGCUGAAGCUGCAGGAGGACGACGUUCAUUCGAAGAGGACGGAGACAGAAGACACUCAGCAGCUGAAGGAGCAGCUGAUGCUGCUGGAGGCACAGCUGGAGAAACAGCUGGAGGAGGCCACCUUCAGCCAGAGCUGCUGUGAGGAGCUCGCACAGGUGCAGUCGCAGGUGCAGCAGCUGUCCGUCAGGCUGCAGGCGGAGCAGCAGCAGCGACAGCAGCUGGACAGACAGCUACAGCAGGCUCAACAGGAAGUGUUGGAGCUGCAGCAGCAGCAGGUGGAGACUGAUGAGAGAUCUGCUGCUCCGCUCCAGGAGGAGACGGAGACGGUCAAGGAGACAGAGACAGUGAAGGAGGAGACGGAGACGGUCUUGAAGGAGGAGACGGUCCAGGAGGAGGAGACGGUCCAGGUGAAGGAGGAAACGGAGACGGUGAAGGAGGAGACGGCGGUGUGAGACAUGUCUUCAUGUCUUGUUACCAUGGUUACAUGGCGGAGCAACAGAAUCACAGAUGAUGAAGAGAGAGCGACGUGAAAUGUGUUUUAAUAAAUAAACUGUAACGUCUGACUC